AUGGGGGUGGCGACCCCAUCGCUGCAGAGGAGCAGCAGCGGUCAGAGCGGGCAGUCUGUCACACCCCUGCCCGUGGCGGCCAUCUUACUGGACCUCCCUGCAGAACUCUUUGUUCAGUAUCUAGCCACCUAUUCCUACAGACAUGGCAGUGGGAAAGAAAAGCAAUCACUUACUUACCAUGACUUAUCCAACACUGCAGAGGAAUCGGAAACGUUCCAGUUUCUUGCAGAUAUAUUACCAAAGAAGAUACUAGCUAGUAAAUACCUGAAAAUGCUGAAGGAGAAGCAGGAAGAGGAAGAGGAGGAGGAGCAUAACCACGAUGAGGAAAGUGAUGAAGCAGAAUCCUAAACCC